UUAACAAUACUUUUAACUAAAUACAAAUGAUUGGAUUAUAUGUUAUGAGUUUAUGUUUCCUUUAAAAUAUGUCAACCUUUUAACUGUUUCUUAGCAUGGCCGGAGUAGAGAACAAUGUUGUGGUUAUAUCGGAUUCUGAAGAGUCUUUGGCUGAUUCAGAAGAGUUUGAUGAUGAUGACGAUGAAACUGGUCCGCUGAUAUUCAUUGUCCCAUACACCAAACGGUUUCGCAUACCAGUUGAGGUAGCACGGAUAACAGGAGUUGACGAAACAUUGAAAGUUAAGAUCGUCAACAGGGAGAAUGUCGAGACAAAACAUGAUGUUAGGGCGGAGCCAAAUAAAAACAGUAUCAAGUACGUUGUCAAAGGAUGGGCGAAAUGGCUUAAGGAUAACAACAUAAAAGAUGGUGAUCAUUGCAAGUUCCAGUACUUUCCACAUAUUGGUGUUUUGUUCCUUGCCAAUGUUUUCGGCUAGUGGUAAUGUCUGAAAGUUGGAACGACUGUAGAAGAAUAACAUAUUGUUCUUUUGGCUAAUGAAGUA